CCAACCCCCAGGACUUCUUAUUACAUCCAAUCACUGACUGAUCUCCUCUCCUGUCUAUAUUGGGGUAACACAUCCCGACUCUCCACAACCGCCCCCCCCCGACAUCCACGUCCCAGUAAUGUCUCCCGGAGGAGAAGCUCUGACUGCUCAUCACCUGAGGACCCUGGAACCUCUCUGGUGUUUCUGGCCGAUUCUGAUGUGAUGAUGACCAGGAUGCAGUUUUCCCAUCAUCUGAUAUAUGUAGAUCAUUACCAGCUGUCCUCACAUCCAGUAAUAUGUCUACAUGUGUGCCUGUACAUUCUGUACAUUGACCCCAGACAUGAUAUCAGAUAAACCCGUGUGUAAUGUGUGUGAGAUCCCCCCCACAUCCCCAUCCCCUCCAUCAUGGAGGAGGUUCUCAUAUCUCUCUCUGUCCUCAUCAUCUCCAUCCUCAGUAUCACACAAGUCACCUGUGUCUGAUUCCUGUAGGACAGUCAGUGGAUCCGUCAUGUUACACAGCUUCUCAAUGUCCCUCAUCUUCCUGGACAGCUCCUCCUUCUUUAUUUCCAGAUCCCGAAUAUAAUCCAACAUGGGACGGGAGACCGCUCUGCCCACCCGGAGAUGUCCCUCAGGACUCUCUUCUCCAGGUCUUCCAGACGUCUCCUGAGGUCUCUGAACAGGGCAGUGACUCUCUUGGUUUCAUCAUCUGCUUUUCCUUGUACUUUCCUCCUGCGUUCCUGCAGACUCUGGACUCUUUUCUCUCUGUCUCCUCUCUCUCUGUCAUCAGUUUCUGCAGAACAUUCCUCAGUUUUUUCUUCUUCAUCUCAGAGGCCUCCUCCAGAGUCUCCACCUGGUGUCCCCGAUGUUCUCCAUCCAGCCUGCAGUACACACAGAUACAGGUGGAGUCCUCGGUGCAGUAAUACUCCAGGAUCUUCUUAUGGACGGAGCAUUUCCUGUCCUUCAGGGAAGUGGUGGGGUCACAUAGGACAUGUUCUGGUGACUUGCUGUGGACUCUCAGGUGGUUGUCACACAGAGAAGCUUCACAAUGCAGACAGGAUUUCACAGCAGGUAC